AUGGGAUGCUCACGAGCUGUGCUCUACCUUGUUGAAGCAUGCCGUUGCGCACUUCUCCUCAGAGAUCAUGCUUGUCACACCGUGUUGCCAUCAGUGGUAGGCCGCCAGGUACCUACAGUUGUCAUCCCCGUCUACGAGCGGGAUCUGUGCAAGUUGAAGAUGACCGCCCAGUCGAUCACACAGCACGACAAAGUUGGGGUCCUCGGCAAGGUGAUCAUCUGCUGGGUGUCGUCACACCCUUUGUCGGACUACGGCGACCAGAUGGAGGAGGUCAAGAGGGCCUUGGAACCUCAUGGUGAAGUCGAGGUGAUCGAGCUCGCCGUCAACGGGGAGGGCUGGAAGGUGCAGCAGGCGGCGAAGCUCAAGGUGGCGAGCAGGGUGUACUCGGACUUCUACGUGGUGCUUGACGCGAAGAACACCAUCCUGAGGGACCUCGAGGAGGACACCUUCUUCACGAGCUGCAAUCAGGCCAAGAUCUUCGGCAGGUACGAAGUGGGGGGCAUGCCCGGCGUCCACAGGGACUGGUAUUACAACUCCGCUAGCGUGCUGGAGGUGGACCCGAUGGAUUAUGGCAAGUGGCCAGCAUCCAUCACCCCGAUGACGAUGCACACGCAGACAGUCAAAGACAUGCUAGACAAGAUCGGGGAGCCGCAAGACUUCGGCGACUGCUCCGCUGGUCUCUGCGAUGCCUUCGGACGCGACGCGACGGAGUUCACGCUGUACGUCACAUACGUCGGCCGCAUCGCAAACAUGUGGUGCAUCCACGACAUCGAGGAGAGCGGCCGUUUGGCAACGAGAUCGCCGUCUCCAUCUGGCGCACAGAGAAUGACGCCGACAGGGAGGACACGUUCCAGCAAGUGGAGGCCAUCGCCGAGCAGGACGCGUCGCAGAACGGUAAGCCCAUCUUCUUCGGGGCGCAGGCGGGCGCCCUGA